AUGGAGGCUGAUUUGACCGACACACAAUUUGUAUCACCGGGCGCAGCGUCGAAUGAAAGUACCCUGGAUGAGUAUGCGGCCAAUCCGCGUUUCCAACAACUGCAGACCGAACUGCGGUCAUGGCUUGUGGUUGGAGCAACCAGCCGAGAUCAAACAAGAGAAAACAGCGCUUCACCUCCGGACACUAGCCGUGCUACCACUAGACACAAGCCUGGGUACCAGCAUCUCUGGGGGCAUCUGAAAAACAGCGCCGAUCAGAUCCCAUUGAAAUGGAAGAUCAAGUAUCUCCAUGUCUGGAUCACUGAAUGUGCACCGUGGCUGGAUAUGUUCGACAGCGCACGUCAUUUCGGUCUGCAAGUACCCAUCAUUGCGCAGAAGUCGCCUGCGGUCUUUCAUGCGCUGUUGGCUCUCGCUGCGCGCACAGCCGAACGACGAGGGUAUACGCAAGGCUCGCGUGACAGCUUGGAAUUGUACUCACAGGCCAUUUCGUCACUUACAUCCUCUCUGAAUACCAAGGAGCCCAAUGUCAUGGUAACGGCCUGUAUCCUUUGUGUCUUGGAAAUGAUGAGCGUCAGUCCACGAGACUGGAGGCGGCAUGUCGAAGGUUGUGCAGCCCUCUUUGCUUCCUCGGGAAUCAAUGGGUUCUCGGGAGGGCUUCUUCAAGCGGUCUUCUGGUGCUAUGCUCGAAUGGACCUUUGCGGCGCCAUCAUUGCAGAUGGGGCUGAAGCGACCAUCCACCCCAUCGACAAAUGGGCAUUGUUGCCUGACUUCUCCGGCACAGAGGCCGAAAAACAGGAAGCAAUCAUGGCCGAGUUCUUGAAAAGAGGUCGCCAGAUACCCGACAUGUAUGCCAAUUGUGCGGUAUAUCUCUGCGCCAAGGUGUGCGAUCUCCUCGCACGUCGAACGAGAUGUGUCGAACUAGGAGAGGAGAACGGCUGUGACGAUGAGAACUUCGAACAGGAGUGGAACAAGCUGUGGUCAGAACUCCAAGGGUGGUACACGCAUCGACCGCCCGAGAUGACACCGGUCAAAGAGAUCAAGACCGGAGCUGGAGGCUCUCCUUUCCCCAUGAUAUUUUUUCCUCACUGGGCGGCCAUUUCGAGCAAUCAACUCUACCAUACCGCGUGUAUUUUGAUGUUGGAAAUCAUGAACGACGCGACACUUGACAAAGGCAAGAUGAUUCACUCGUCAUUAUGGCAUGCCCGGAGAGUGGUGGGCAUUUCGUUGACCAACCCACAUCCCGGAUGUAUCAACAACGCCAUCCAGCCUCUGCAUGUGGCAGGAAAACUGUUCACGCAUUUCGAGGAGCAUUCCAUCAUAGUUAAGCUGAUUGAUUCGAUAGAAGCGCGGACUGGCUGGGGCUCGCGGUGGCGUAUUAAAGAUCUUGAAACAACCUGGGGCUAUUGCCGUGGGACUUUCACGUGA